AUGGAGUUGGUAAUACUGAAAGCAAGAGCCCAGCUGAAUCGUCUCGUGUCGGCGAGUGAGAGGCGCGAAAGGGCGCUCGAGGCGCGGGAGGCGCGCGCGGGUGUCGGCGGGGGCGCGCGGGCGGGGCGCAAGCGCAGCAUGGCCGCCGCGCCCGCGCCGGCGUCCGCCGCGCCCUGGCUCAACGCCACGCUGGCUUACAACGCGACGCGCCCCAACACCACCUUCGACACCGAUUACGACCUACUAAACGCUAGCUCCAGCGACAAACAUGACAAUCACUGGUUCUGUGCUAAGUGGUCGAGUGCACAGCAGGAUCUAUUUCAGGCGGCGAACCUAUGUUUCGCUUUGGCGUUUCUUGCGCCAAAAAGCUUCAAGCAAAGUAUACUUGUGCUGCGAGCAUUGGCAGCAGCGGGCGCGGUGCUGAUGGGCAUGUGGGCUGGCGCCGAAUUUUGUGCUCCCGACGUGCUCGCUUGGAGUCUAGCACUUUUGCUCGUCAACUCUAUUCACACUGUCUUCUUAAUUAUAAGAUUUCUUCCACCAGCGCUAUCUUUAGAAUUAACAGACCUGUACCUGAAACUUUUCAAACCACUAAAAGUGAACAAGAAGCACUUCCAAGAACUAACACGGGAGGCGCGAAUAGUUCGCUUGGAGCCGGGCGAGGCGUACGCGCUAGAAGAAGUCACACCCGCUGAUGAAAGACUGUCUAUACUUUUAAAGGGAAAAAUGCGAGUGAGCUGUGACGAGACCCACCUCCAUUAUAUUCAACCAUACCAGUUUGUGGAUUCGCCGGAGUGGGAGGCCAAUCGUGAACAAUCUGAUGAUGUCUUCCAGGUGACAGUGGUAGCAGAAGAGGUAUGCACAUGCAUAUGCUGGCCACGUAUGCGGUUAGAGCGCGUGCUGCGCCAUCGACCAGCACUUAAGGUUGUGCUUGACUGUCUCAUAGGCAAAGAUAUUACUCAUAAGUUAUACUCGGUUAGCGAAGGCCUGGGUAUGGCAGGCACGGGAGAGAAUGACGGUGCGCCCACGCAUCUGACGCGAUCCGCCAGUGUGGACGCCGUACAUGAGGGUGCUCGAGGCCGCCUAAGAAGUGUCGCCUGGCGAGCGAGGACCACCGCACCCAAAGGAAAUUCAUAUUGGCAGCCAGUUGUAGCACGGCAGUUCUUGCGUCAAUCGCCUUUCGGACGAGCUAUGCUUCCUCCGAGGCUGGUGACCCAAGCAUCGUCAGCGAGCCUGCAGCCAUCAUUGAGUCGUCGGCGUGAAGUCAAGUUUGCAGAAACACCGAUCACGACAGAACCACCCGUGUGA